AUGCCUGGCGAAGCAACAGAAACUGUCCCUGUCACCGAGCAGGAGAUGCAGCAGCCACAAGUGGAGACGGGUUCUGGUACGGAGUCGGAGAGUGACGAUUCGGUCCCUGAAUUGGAGGAACAGGACUCUGCACAGACACAGACACAGCAAGCACAGGUUGCUGCCGCUGCUGAACUAGAUGAGGAACCAGUCAGUAAAGCCAAACAAAGCCGAAGUGAAAAGAAAGCACGAAAGGCAAUGUCAAAGCUCGGCCUGAGGCAGGUCACAGGCGUCACCAGAGUCACAAUUCGCAAGUCCAAGAACAUAUUGUUUGUCAUUACCAAACCAGACGUCUACAAGAGCCCGGCAUCAGACACAUACAUAGUGUUCGGUGAAGCUAAGAUCGAAGAUCUCUCACAGCAAGCCCAGCUUGCCGCUGCAGAAAAAUUCAAAGUUCAGGGAGAAGCCGUAUCAAAUGUUCAAGAAAACACACAGACGCCAACAGUACAGGAGGAGAGCGAAGAGGAAGAGGUUGAUGAGACUGGGGUUGAAGUCAAGGACAUUGAGCUCGUUAUGUCACAAGCCAAUGUGUCACGGGCAAAGGCUGUGCGUGCUCUGAAAAAUAACAACAAUGACAUCGUCAACGCAAUUAUGGUAAGUUCUUUGGCGCUUUCUCUGUUGUUUAACUUGACGAAGCCAUGUCAGAUGGUUUGCUGA